CCACCCAUUAAAACAACACCCGGAGCGCACCUUAUCAUCACCUCUUUCUCUUUCCGCAAUCUGUCCCCGCCAGUCCGAACCCUCUCUCAUCACCCAAAACCCAAUUUCAAAAAAUCGACUUAAAUCCAUCCGUAACCGUGUAAAAGCCUCGGAAGGACCGUCGGAUUCAUUCACCACCACAAAGACUAGCCAAUAAGCGGACGCCCCGUCACGCCAUCAGAAUAAUAGCCAAACCUACUGUCACACGCACCGGAUCCUCCCCCUUAAAAAAAAUUUCUUUUUAGUUUUAUUUGACCGUGUAUAUACCUUUCCCUACCCUCUGGACUCUGGACUCUGGUUAUUUUUGGCUCUCAGAGCCAUCGCAUCUAAAUAGCCCUUGACAACUGUCCUAUUCCCCAUUCUGUCCCCUCUUCUUCUCCUUCAAAUCUCUGUAUCUUAAAUUCUUUUUCGAGCCCUGGAACUGUACGCACAUGGACGGAGGAGGACAGUACAACCCGCGCACAGUGGAAGAGGUCUUCAGGGACUUCAAGGGCCGUAGAGCCGGCAUGAUCAAAGCCCUCACCACUGACGUUGAAGAAUUUUAUCAGCAGUGCGAUCCUGAGAAGGAGAAUCUUUGCCUUUAUGGAUUCCCUAAUGAACAGUGGGAAGUUAAUUUACCUGCUGAAGAAGUGCCUCCGGAGCUUCCAGAACCUGCAUUAGGGAUCAACUUUGCCAGAGACGGCAUGCAAGAAAAGGACUGGCUAUCUCUGGUUGCUGUUCACAGUGAUGCAUGGUUACUUGCAGUGGCAUUCUAUUUUGGUGCCAGAUUUGGUUUUGAUAAAGCUGACAGGAAACGUCUCUUUACUAUGAUAAAUGAUUUGCCAACAAUAUUUGAGGUUGUGACGGGAUCUACAAAGAAACAGCCGAAGGAGAAGUCAUCUAUUUCAAAUCAUAGCAGCAACAAAUCCAAGUCAGGGUCUAAAGGGCGAGGAGGAUCCGAACCAGGCAGGUAUACAAAGGUAAUAUUGGCAAAGGAUGAGGAUGAGCUAGUGGAUGAGGAAGAUGAGGAAGAGCAUGGUGAGACCUUGUGCGGAGCAUGUGGGGAGAACUAUGCUGCAGAUGAGUUCUGGAUAUGUUGCGACAUAUGUGAGAAGUGGUUUCAUGGAAAGUGCGUGAAGAUCACCCCUGCAAGGGCGGAGCACAUAAAGCAGUACAAGUGCCCCUCGUGCAGCAAUAAGAGAGCGCGUCCUUGAUAUCACAGGGAGGUGGGUUAAAGCUCACCUUUUGUAAUUCUCUCAUGUUGGGCUUAGCUAACUAUUUAGUUAGUCAGAGAGUUUCUGUGUUGUGCCAUUUUAUCACAGCAUAUGUAUUCAGUACUUUGGUCUCUUGGGGAUGUUGUUAUUUGGGUUAAAUAUUUGGUAGUUUGCAGGUUCUGAACGUGUCCAUUUAUUCUAAACUGGGUUAUGUAUCUUCCGCGGUGUAAGAAAUCAUUUUCCCUGUUAAACUAGGGUAGAAUUUGUUUUUGUAGCUUUUGGCAAACAAGUGAGUGUGAUUGCCCCAGUUCUGUGCUUGUUUUUUUUUUGAA